AUGAAUGAUAGAUGGCUCAAAUUAGAAAUAGGCAACAAAUGUGGAGAAAAUGCGCCAAACUGUAUUUGUACAGGUAGUACUGGAAAUUUUACUACCAGCAGGGACACCGAUUUUGAUCAGGUAGUUGGUUUUGUCCGGUACACUCAUAGAAGUGACGAACCAUUCAGGCUCCUGAAAAACAUAGGUGAUGAUGAACAGCUAGAUGUUGGUGAUAACUACCAAGAAGUUAAAGGGGUAACGGAAGUCUCAGUUUAUUACUGGAGUGAGAAUGAAAGAAAGCCACUCCUUCUUAGGGUUGUAAAGGAUGGUGUGACACAUGAACCCGAGUAUUAUUAUAAGUACGGGGGCAAUGAAAAUGAAGCCGGUGGUCAACAGAAUCUUUGGAGGCAUAAGAACCAUGAAGGAGGAAUAUCAUUACAGACCAGACUCGAUGAAAGAAAUCUUGGUAUAAACAAUCGUAUUCCUCUAUAUCUUGAUGAGCCUGAUAAACCUCUUGGUUUGGGUUCCGAUCUUGCGAAAAGUGUAACUAUACAACAUGUUCAACCACCACCUCCUCAGCUUGUUGGAGGUGGCUACACCAUUACAGAAUAUAAGCUUAAUGGUGAUACAAAUACAAGCAUUUCCAGAAUAGAAUAUGGAAAGCAGAAGGUUAAUGUGGAUAUUCCUCCCGGUGGAAUGAAUACAGUUAGAUUAUACUCUUCACCUGUUAAUUCCAAUGUGCCUCUGAUGGUUAACUUUAACCUAAAGAAUGGAGAGCCUAGAUGGUACUUUAGCAAAACUCAAGAUGGUAGAAGCUGGAUAGAAGUUGGAAGUACCGAUAAUUUUUAUAAGGAUGAUCUACCCACUGAGAAUCUUGCCAAGAAUUUGGAUGGGUUUGCUUGUAAGUACCACAAAGCAGUUACCAUGGAUUUAACCAAGGACACUUUUAAGGGAAAAAAGGAGAAAGAUUGUGCUGAUGGUAAGAGUCAAAACAUCUCCGUUGAACAGGUAGAGAUCACAGGAGACAGUGGUAGAAAGACUAAAUACACCAAGUACUCCAUUAAAGACCGUGAACAUAAGUUAGUCGAUUUAAAGUUUUAUCACAAUGGCUAUGAGGAUCAAAGAAGACGUAUUAAGUCUAAUUCAUUAAACUUUCCCAUUCAAGGUCCAGCGGACAUCUAUACAUUUUACUCCAGUAAUACCAAGGAUCCAGUCCUCAUCUAUGUUGAUGCUAGUAGAAGUAGCGGGGAAUCUCAGGCUAAUACAGGAUGGUACAGGAGGAGUAAAAAUGGCUAUGAUAGCCCUUGGACUAAACUUCGUAAGCAGCUAAGAAACAUAACACAUCAGAAUUUUAGAGAACUUGACUGCGACAACUGGAAUACACUUGUUGGUGAACUUAAGCGUGGUGACAGUGGCUUACAAGAAUGUCCUCAAGAGACUGCUAAACAACAAGAUAAACAAGGACAACAACGUGCUGAAGAGCUACGUUCUGGAGGUGAAGAAGCGGAGGAAACUGCUAAAGAAGAGGAUGUUAAAGCUAGUGAAGAUGAACAAUCUGAUGAAGAAGGCUCAUAUACAGUACUAGGUGCUGCUGGACCUAAAGCUGUUAGUAGUAGAGAUAAAGAUGGUCCUCCUGGAGGUAAUGGACUUAUAGGACCUAAUGGUGAUGGAGGCCCUGCUGGUGGUAAACCUGGUGCUGAAGAUACUCCUUCUGAACCUGCUCCUUUUACUAGUCUUAUUACUGGUGGCUCUGCUAUAGCCGGAUACUUCUUUGCUGGAACUGCAGGAUCCGGAUUAACUGGCUUCUUGGGAUAUAAGGGUUAUAAGUUAUACCAAAACUUUAAAGGAGACCCUUGGGUUAGACACAGAUAUUCUAUAGAGUUUUUAAAGAAUGUACCAUGUUGA